GAGAAUUCACAGAGGAGCCCUCCAUCGCCGCAGCGCCUGCGCAGUCAUUCUCGGAACUCGGCUCCGUUCAUUCUCUUUUUCCCCACCCCCUCGCGCAUUGUGUGUGUCUGUGUAUAUAGAUGUGUGUGUUAGGGCGGCGCUUGCGCAGUGCCCGCGCCCCGCUCUGUGCCGUUAGCCGCGAUGUGCCGGGAAUAACGUUAGAGCGGUUGCUAGCUUAAGAGCCGCAGGGACAAACGGACCCGCUGCGCUUCGCCCCCUGGCGACGAGGAGAUGGCGGGUCAGUGAACAGCGGUGCUAGGGACACCCCUGCCCAGAGAGUCUCCUUCGGGGGGGAUGACGUAGCUUUGCCAAGGACCUAGCAGCUAAGCAGAAAAUGAGCUUAACAUCCUGGUUUUUGGUGAGCAGUGGAGGCACCCGCCAUAGGCUGCCACGAGAGAUGAUUUUUGUUGGAAGAGAUGACUGUGAGCUGAUGUUGCAGUCACGUAGUGUGGACAAGCAGCAUGCUGUAGUUAACUAUGAUGCCUCUACAGAUGAACACUUGGUGAAGGAUUUGGGCAGCCUAAAUGGGACAUUUGUGAAUGAAGUGAGGAUUCCUGAACAAACAUACAUUACUCUGAAGCUUGAAGAUAAAUUGAGAUUUGGCUAUGAUACUAAUCUUUUUACUGUAGUCAGAGGUGAAAUGAGAGUCCCUGAAGAAGCUCUUAAGCAUGAAAAAUUUACAAGUCAACUCCAGUUAUCCCAAAAAUCCUCAGAGGCUGAAGGAUCAAAACCAGCCAGUUCCACAGGUGCAGAUCCAAAGGUACCAGAUGCCAUAAGUGAAGUGCAUCACAAAGCUAUAGAAGCACUGAAGUCUGAAGAAAAAUCUAUGGAUCUUUCUGCCAUGCCUCGUGGUACACCUUUGUAUGGCCAGCCAUCCUGGUGGGGUGAGGAUGAGGCUGAUGACGAAAAUGGUUGCAAACAAGAUGGCAAACAUGAAGAAAAAAUACAUGAAACGGGAGCUUCAGGAUGCAGCACAGAUGCCAAGCAUGUUGAUGAGAAAUCUUCAGCUGCAAAUGAAGAAGAACUUUAUCCUUUCUGUAGGGAGCCAAGUUACUUUGAAAUUCCUACCAAAGAAUUCCAACAACCUUCACAAAUAGCGGAGAGCACUAUUCAUGAGAUUCCAACAAAAGACACCCAAAUCUCCCAUGCAGCAGGUGCAGGGCAUGCUUCAUUUACUAUUGAAUUUGAUGACACCACUCCAGGAAAAGUAACUAUCAAAGAUCAUGUGACAAAAUUCACUUCUGAUCAACGCCACAAGACAAAGAAGUCUUCUCCUGGUGGUCAGGACCUUCCUGGGCUUCAAACUGUGAUGAUGGCUGCUGAAAGCAAAGUAGCUGACUGGCUAGCACAAAACAAUCCCCCUAGAAUGAUAUGGGAAGCAACAGAGGAGGAUUCGAAAAGUAUUAAAAGUGAUGUUCCAGUUUACUUGAAGAGGCUGAAAGGGAAUAAACAUGAUGAUGGGACGCAAAGUGAUUCAGAAAAUGCUGGUGCACGCAGACAUUACAAUAAGCGAGCAACACUUGAUGAGCAUUUAAGGCAUCAACAUACAGAACAGAAAAAGUCAUACCAAAAAGCCUAUACUACAGAAAAGCACGAAGAGCAGGCUGCUAUAAGUCAGACUGCCUUUAUGAUUGAGUUUUUUGAUGAAGACCAUCCUCGAAAGAGACGAUCUUAUUCUUUUUCUCAGAAUGUGGGAACUCUUUGCUCAGAAACUUCUUCAGCACCUAAUGUGAGAGCUGAGAAAGUGAAAGGUACAUCUGGAGACAUCAAAGGGGUUUCUUUGCCUUUGCAGACUAGCAAGGUAGUACAUGGUAUUCAAGCAAAACUAUUAAAACAAAAAUCAGAAGACCCCUCUGUUGCAUUACCUUUCUUACAAACUGCAUUGUUAAGAAGUUCAGGAAGCCUUGGACAUAGACCAAGCCAGACCCAGGAGAUGGACAAAAAGAUAAAAUGCCAGAUUGUUUCUGCUGCUACUGAAAAGGACAAUGAUGAUGACCAAAGUGACAAAGGUACUUACACUAUUGAGUUGGAAAAUCCCAAUUCUGAGGAAAUGGAAGCACGUAAAAUGAUUGACAAGGUGUUUGGAGUGGAUGACAGCCAGGAUUAUAAUAGGCCUGUUAUCAACGAGAACCAGAAAGAUUUAGUAAAAGAUUGGGCUAUUAAUUCUGCUACAGUAGUGCUGGAAGAAAAAAGACCACUGAGUACAACUGGAUUUCUUGACACAGAGGAAGGCUCUGCUGCAUCUGGAAACAAACGUUGGGUGUCACAGUGGGCUAGUUUGGCUGCUAACCAUACACGACAUGACCAAGAUGACAUGAGGUUGGAGUCAUCAGCACCUGUUCCUCUAGAAAAUGAUACUGACAUCAGUGAAUCUGGUAUUUCAGUUAGAAGUGCUGGCUCGGCCACUUCUGUGACAAGUCAAGGGGAGCGAAAGAGGAGAACACUUCCACAGCUUCCAAAAGAGGAAAAAGUCAUUGAAAGUUCAAGAGCAAAGGUUAUACCUCAUCAGAGAUCAGAGAUAGGUGAAAAGCAAGACACAGAACUUCAAGAGAAAGAAACUCCAACUCAUGCUUCCCAGAAAGAAAUGCCACAAGAUGCAGGUAAUAGAAGCAUGACUAAGAUGAAAAGAACAAUGAAUGGCCUUGCUCCUAAAGCUGGUGGAGACAACCAAGUGUCUUCUCACCCCAACAGCUGCCCUUCUUCCAGUAAAGGGAAAAAUGAAAUUAUCAGGGAAACUUCAGUUGUAAAGCAAGCUUUAGCUAAAAUUCAACAGCAAGAGCAAAAGGAGCAGACACAUAGGACUUCAGCUAAAAUAUCUUCAGCUAAACUUACUGCCAGUCAAGUUGAGAGAGGUAGAGAGGAGACUCCUACUUCACAUAAAAUGUUGGAUAAUCAUCAAGAAAAGGCUCCAGGACAUCCUACAAAUAAAGCAGAAAUGAAGAUGGUACAAAGUGAAGGGAAAAGAAAAAAACCUGAGGAAAUUAUAAAAGGCCAAAUUCCAAAAGGAUUAGGUGGAGAGAAGAAAGAAUCUUCAAAACCAUUAGUGAGACAAGGCAGCUUUACUAUAGAUAAACCUAGCACAAAUAUACCUAUAGAACUUAUUCCUCAUAUUAAUAAGCAAACUGGAUCUACUCCCCCUUCAUUUGCUUUAACCUCUACAAGUAGAAUACGUGAGAGAAGUGACUCUGUGGACACUGAUUCUAGUCUGGAUACAACACUUAUCUUAAAAGACACAGAAGCAGUAAUGGCUUUCCUUGAAGCUAAAUUACGUGAAGAAAAUAAAACAGAUGAAGGACCCGAAACUCCUAGCUAUAACAGAGAUAAUUCCAUAUCACCAGAAUCUGAUGUGGACACAGCUAGCACAAUUAGUCUGGUUACUGGUGACACUGAAAGAAAAUCCACUCAAAAGCGUAAGAGUUUUACUACUCUCUAUAAAGAUAGAUGUUCCACUAGUUCUCCUUCCAAGGAUGUUUUAAAAUCAUCUUCUGCAAUAAAUGCUAGAGAAAAGAUAGAAAAGAAAACUAAAAGCCGAUCUUCAGAUGCUGGUUCACGAUCAGAUGGUCGUAAACUUGUGCAACCCAGUGGAAGAAUAAGGCAACCUUCUGUAGAUUUAACAGAUGAUGACCAAACAUCUAGUGUGCCUCAUUCUGCCAUUUCUGACAUCUUGUCAUCUGACCAAGAAACUUACUCUGGCAAAUCACAUGGAAGGGGUCAUUUUACCUCUGCAGAUGAACUCUUACAUUCCAAAAUGGAAGGCAGUAAGUCAGCUAAAUCAAAGACCUCUCCAGUUACAACUGGGCAAUCAAGUAAGUCAAUCACUCUUCCAAGGCCUCGCCCCACAAGGACUUCUCUCUUGCGUAGAGCACGACUUGGUGAAGCCUCAGAUAGUGAACUUGCUGAUGCAGAUAAAGCUUCAGUGGCUUCUGAAGUGUCCACUACAAGUUCUACAUCAAAGCCUCCAUCAGGAAGGAGAACUAUUUCCAGGAUUGACUUACUUGCUCAACCACGCAGAACUAGGCUCGGUUCUUUAUCAGCACGUAGUGACUCUGAAGCCACAAUAUCUAGAAGCACUGCCUCAUCUCGUACAGCAGAAGCCAUCAUUAGAAGUGGUGUAAGAUUAACACCAUCAGCAGAUAGUAGUAAAAUUUCUGCUAGAACUAGAGCCAAUAGCAUUUCUCGACUUUCCGAUUCUAAAUCCAAAUCAUUGACUUCUGCCCAUAAUUCUCCAUCAGAAAAUUCCCAGCUUCUCCCAGACCCAGAUCCUGCUGUUGAAACUUACAGUGUAAAUUCAAGAUGGAGGCGCUUUCCUACAGAUUAUGCUUCCACCUCAGAAGAUGAAUUUGGAUCAAACCGUAAUUCCCCUAAACAUACCCGUCUACGUACUUCUCCAGCCCUGAAAACCCCUCGAUUGCAGAGCUCUGGGACAGCAAUGCAAACUAGCAGUACGUUCAAGCACAGGAUCAAGGAACAGGAGGACUACAUUCGUGACUGGACUGCUCAUCGAGAAGAAAUAGCAAGGAUCAGUCAAGACCUGGCUCUCAUCGCACGGGAAAUCAAUGAUGUAGCAGGAGAGAUAGAUUCAGUGACUUCAUCAGGCACUGCUCCGAGUACCACAGUAAGCACUGCUGCCACCACCCCUGGCUCUGCCAUAGACACUAGAGAAGAGGUAGGAGAUCUUCAUGGAGAAAUGCAUAAGCUGGUUGACCGUGUAUUUGAUGAAAGUCUGAACUUUAGAAAGAUUCCUCCAUUAGUGCAUGCUAAACCACCUGAGGGAAACAGUCGGUCUAAUGAUUCUAGGCCUCAGUUGACAGACACUGUUGAUCCCCCAACAAUUACACGGAGGAGAACCUGGAGCAGAGACGAAGUCAUGGGAGAUAACUUGCUAUUGUCCUCAGUCUUCCAGUUUUCUCGGAAAAUAAGGCAAUCAAUAGACAAGACAGCUGGCAAAAUCAGAAUAUUGUUUAAGGACAAAGAUCGGAAUUGGGAAGAAAUUGAGAACAAAUUACGAACUGAAAGUGAAGUUCCUAUUGUAAAAACUUCAAGCAUGGACCAGAGGGUGGCCUGUCUUGAGCACCAGUGCAAGGGAGUGCGGCAUGAGAUUUCAUCAAUCUUGCAGGAGCUGAAAAGAGUUGAAAAACAAUUGCAAGUGAUUAAUGCUAUGAUUGACCCUGAUGGUACUUUGGAUGCUCUGAGCAACUUGGGAUUCACAAGCCCUGUUUUACCAGCUCAACCUAAACAGAAGUCCAGUCCUGUUUCUCACAGUACCCACACUCAGAUACAACCAAACUGUCAACCAGAAGCUCGGGCCCUUCGGCCUGCUGUCAUCUCUGUUUCAACUGCAUUUGACAAUGUUGAAUCCAAGCCUGAUUUCAGCAUACAUUUCAACAGGUUCAAUCCAGAUGGAGAGGAGGAAGAUCCAAGUGUGCGUGAAUGACAUUAUUAAUUGUCAUAAUUAUCUUCAAUAUAGAAUGUCUAGAUAGAAAUGAAGAAUCAUAAUGUUGGUUUUAUACAAAAAAAAAAGUCAAACUGCAAUUGGUUUGUUAAACCAGGUUUUUUUUAACUGUGAUGCUUUGAUUGUAAUGCACAUCCUCUUCAAACCAUACAGAUGAGCAUUGAUACCAAUGUAGAAAAGCAGGUUGUAGCAGGUUUGCCUUUUGUGCUUGUGUGCUUUGCAAACAGUUAUAUCAGCAAUCUUUCCAUUCAUAAAUGUUUAUUUCUAAGAGCCAUGCUAUUAAAGUGACCUGCAAGCAGAAGCAGACUAACAUCCAGUCUUACUGAAACCCAAAGUCUCCUGUGCCAAGCUAGUCUAUAAAUGGACCUCUUCAAUUAAAGUUUGUAUAGAAUUAUUGAACAAUUUAAUUCUGAGUAAGAUGAUUUAUAUGAUACAUUACCUUUGAGUACAAUAACACAUAAUUAUAUAAGAUAAGACAGACUUUGCAAAACAUUAAUUCCUGCGUGCUGAAAUUUUCAAGCAGUUCUGUGAUUUGUAUAACCUCGUUCCUGCAUAAAUUGUCUUGGGGUUUACGAAGUUCAACUAUUAUGUUUGCACUAAGAAUUUGCCGGGAGUGAUAGGUGAACAUAUCAAUAUCGAUAGGAGUCAGUCUUUUGAUGUACAUAGAAAAUUGAUUAUACUGUACUUGUUUCAACACAGCAGUAUUUUAAUCCAUUUUCUGAAAGGACAGUUUGGCACUUUUUGAUCUUGUUCAAAAUGUCUUUUUGAUGUGAAUGGAAGCAGAAGGAUUUCAUAACUCAUUUCUGUCCAAAAGUUUGUUGAAACUAUAAAACUAGUUUUCUCGUACAACUGUGGGACAUUUAAAAGCAUGUUGAAGCAAAUGGGUUCUCAUACUAAGUCACCAGUUCAUAUGCAACAUAAGUUUACAAAAGCGAUGUGGGUUCCUUGGAAUGAUCAUGAGGUGUAAAAUUUUCUUCCUAAGACUUGGAGAUAGUAGUCAUAAUUUGGUUGAUCAAUAGUCUCACUCCCAAGCAACUGAAUUGCUUCUGUAUAUUUUCCUGUAGAAUCCUCGUAAGUCAGUUUCUCUGUCUUAUACAUUUAAAACGAUGCUGAAAGAAGACUGCUAAUGUAGAUUUCUUGCUUAUGCCACUGAAAAGCAAGUCUAUUUAAAAUAUCCUACAUAAACCUAUUUUCUAUAUAAGUUUGUCCCAGUAGCGUAACAUUUGGAAAUAAUAAAAAGAAAAGUGAAUGACCAUGUAUUUCCAGAACACUAAUUUGGAGGAAUCUUAUUUCUUCUGUUUAAUGUAACUAAUAGACUGGAAUUUUCCUGUGUUUGCAUCGGUCUCUGUAUAUUAAUGUUGCACAUACAGUUUUGCAGCUUUUAUGAAAUGGUCUUUAGUAGUUCAGCAAUAAUCCUAUAUGACAUAUGUUUAAAAUACUUUCUGUACAUUUUUAAAUUGUACAGGAUUUCAGAAGUUACUAAAUAGUUGGACCAGUUAAUAAAAAUGCAAAAACUUUUUUGUAGUGAUGUAAAAAAAACCCAAUAAUUUGUGGUACAAUGGAUUUCAUAUAUGUUUAAAGUUUAAAAACAUACAAUAUCCUUCUUGUACAACUCAAUAUUCUACUCCAUUGGUUUACAGAGGCUAUAGGAAAUGUUUGAAAUGGUGCAGAAGGGCAAAAAUAAAUUUAAAAUAGUCAGGUGUUGAAAACUUAAUGCACCAUAACCACUAUCACAAUUCUGACUUUUGUUUAAUCUUUGAGAACCGAUUUUUUUUCCCCCCAGACACAUGAAAAAUAGGAAAUGACUUAGGAAAGAUUAAAAAUUUAGGCUCUCCGCACAAGAUUUUGUUUGUGUUCAUUCAGGCGUUUACACUCUUUUGUUCUGUAAUAAGUGUUUUGCAUCUACUAUGUUAUUUUGUAUGGACACAUUCGCCUUAUUUAUUUUUGUUACAUUUAUUAUGUAUGUUAUUUUGUUAUAUGCAUUUACAGCUCCAUUUUUAAAUAAAGUGUUUCUGG